ACCCGGAAGUGAGUGUGUGUUUUUUGCUCAGCAUGCUGCAGUGCGCGUGUCGUGUGAUAAACCUCCGGAGUGCAGAGAGAGAGAGAGUGAGAGUGAGUGAGUGAGUGAGUGAGAGAGAGAGAGAGAGAGAGAGAGCAAGCAAGCAAGCAAGCAGGCAGGCAGGAUGAGCGCUGUGUGUAGAGAAGUGCUCACUCUACAGAUCGGACAUUACUCCAACUUUGUGGGGACACACUGGUGGAAUUUACAGGAUGCGUCUCUGUGUUAUGACCCUGAUGUCCCGCUGGAUGAGCUGCAGAGUGAUGUGCUGUUCAGAGAAGGUCUCACCCUGGGGGGGCACGUUACCUACACACCCCGCCUCAUUGCCCUCGACCUAAAAGGAAGUCUGCAGACUCUGAAACAGGAAGGCUGUCUGUACUCCACAGAGCACGACAACACCACCUUCACAUGGCAGGGUGAUCUAGUCACUCAUGCAGAAGCUCCUGCAGAUAGAAACCCAUUCCUGCAGGACCUCGACAAGCUGGAUACAGGGGAGUUGUUAGCAGAGCCAGACUUCAAUUCAUCUGCUCCAGCCAAACACUCCUCUUCAGGAAGGCCUGUUGCUGUGGAGACGGUGAACAGCAGUUUGGAGCGAAUGCAGCGAUCCUAUAGGCUGGAGGACAGUGUGAGGGUGUGGUCAGACUUCCUUAGGCUCCACCUCCACCCUCGUACCAUAUCCAUCAUCAAUCAGUACAAUCAUGACGGCGAGGCAGCACGGUUGGAGGCGUUCGGUCAGGGGGAGGCGCUGUUACAGGGCUCUGUGUUGGAGGAUCUGGAAGAUAAACUGCAUUUUUUCAUUGAAGAGUGUGACUACCUGCAGGGGUUCCAGGUGCUGUGCGAUAUGGCUGAUGGUUUCUCAGGUUUGGGGUCAAAGGUCACAGAGCUGCUGCAGGACUCCUACAGUGGACGGGGCAUCCUGACAUGGGGCAUGGCUCCUGUCAGUCACCCUGACUCAAGUCCAAUUAAGGAGGUGUAUCACAUGAUGAACUGUGCCCUGGGAAUGAUGCACAUGGCCAAUCACAGUUCAAUGUUCUGCCCUUUGACCCUGAGGGGCGGGUUAGGGAGGCGUCCGGCUCCACCCACCACUUUCCCUCUCCUCAGCUAUGAUCCCUCUCUGUGGUAUCACAGCAGUUCUAUGUUGGCUCUAGCCCUGGACACGCUGACUGUCCCCUACAGGCUGAGACAGAACAGCGCCCCCAUGUGGCAUCUGGCAGACUCUCUAACCGUCUCAGGCAAGAAGGUUGUUUGCGCUUAUGGAUCUGUUCCAUUUCCCAUGAUGCAAGGCAGCCGCCUUCCUGACGCACUAAACGCCUGUGGUGAUGCGUUACCAUGGAAACCUUUAUCAGGUUGCCCUGAGCAGGCCGACGGGCGGUGUUUCGGCCAAUCGGUGACACUCAGGGGGCUGGCGGGGUGGAGCCGAGUGAGUUCUCUGGGUCCUGGAACAGAACCUCCAUCCAUUCUGCACUGUGCUCAGUCAGGAGAAGAAGUGCUGAGCGCACACCUCAGAACACACUACCCAUCUACACCACUAGCAGUCCAGUUGCUCUCCUCCCCGAGUAAACUGACUCCACCAUUUCCUCAGCUCUUCAGUCCAAAACUCAACUCUCAGGGUUUGAUACAGAACCAAACAUCCACACCAGUGGCUACUCUGCCGGUUUUGUCUGUUCCUGUGCUGUCAAGUUUGCAGUCCAGUUCAUCUGUGUCUCAUUUCUUAGCCGAUCUUCAGAAGUCCUGCAGUGCCAUUGAUUUACGUCGUGUUUCUCCCAGUUUCCUUUCUCAUGGUGACCAAGCUGAAAUCGCAGAGAGCCUUGAGCAGCUCCGGACACUUGCACGCUGUUACCGUGACGACAGUGGUGGCAUGGUGCGCUCUUCCUCUGAAGAUGAUGAUGAUGAUUAGGUGUGUGUAAACAAUCCAAGAGCAACGAGAAAAUGUUUGUUCAAACUAAAUCAAUUUUGCACUGAAUCGUAACACAGCUGAGAAAUAGAGAUGGAAGGAUAUUUAGAUAGUGGGUGGUAUUGAUGGUGAGAUGAAUGAGCUGCGAAGAAAGAGAGAGGAAAAGCUGUGUAGGUGAAUGGUGGUGGAAACAGAGUACAGUGAAAAAUGUAGUGCAGUCUGUGUUCACACUCACCCUGGAUUCAGCGUGUAGGGGGGCUGUAACUGUCACGUAAAAAAAGGUGAUUGGACUGAGACUUUUUUUCAAGAGGUUCAAGUAAAGAAUACAGUCACUACGUUUACAUGCACAUAGAGAGAAUCGAAUUUCUGCCGUUGCUCGACUGAAAUCGAAGUUCAAAAUGCCAUGUAUACACCUUAAUUCGGCUGAAAUUGAACCGAACUUGAUUUCUCGGAAUCGAGCUACACGACCUAGUUUAUGCGAUUUCUGCCGAGCUACUUUGUGCAUAUAUACCCUAUCGAGCUAGUUGUCGAGCUACUUCCGGAAGUGACGAGUGACGAGACCACAAGCGGGAAACGCAACAGCCUCGGUCGGCAUGACAACAGUAGUAGCAAGCAGCAGAAGAGGUCAGGAGGAACAAACGAAGAAGAGAAAAUGUGGAGGUAGAGCUCUCUGAAGUGUGGGUGGAGCACAGAGGACGGCAGGACAAAGCUUCUGGUACUAAUAGGCUUUUUAUUGUCAGACUUUUCAGUUUAACAGCCUACUUUUAUUCUUGAGAGAAGCGCGCGUGCACACACGCACGCGCGCUGUGUUCUAGUCCCGGGAUGAGCUGUCCCCUCUGCUCUCCCUCUGCCUCCUUAAAUAGGGCGCGGUUACUGGGAAGACACACAAACACAGGUUAAUUAACGUCAGGUGUACCGUCGUUCUGCCACUCACCUUCCCUGGCUCCGCCCUCCUGUCACAGACCGGCGCUUGACCACGCCCCCACUGCCACAGGCAAGCAGAAACGUGCACUUCUGGAGCAAUGAGGAGACAGAGUUCAUGCUCAUUCAGCUUAAGGAGUUGAAUAUAUUAAAAUUCAUGGACGGGAGAAAAACGCGCAAUGGAGAACACGGAACUGAUAACUUUGUUUACACUCUUGAAUAGCUCUUCUUCAUGACGACAACCGGAAGUGUACCAACAUGAUGGGGCAUGUAGCGCCACCUGUGGCUCGGGUGCACAAUGCACCUCACACAAUAGCCCGAUUUCAUUGUGUGCAUGUACGAUUGGAUUUCUCUGGCACCCUGCUGGGACCUUCAGCUCGAUUACCGACAGCAGCUCGAUUUGGAUGUGCAUGUAAACGUAGUCACUGUGAGUGUUAGUCAGGAAUAAAAUAUCUGUUGAUGGAGAGAACCUCACUAUUGUGGUCCAUGCAUGUGUAACCAAGCUAGUUUUUAUUUAAAGAAAAGGCUGCUGCUUCAAAUAUUGAGUGAUGUUACUAAAACAAAAUGUAUAAUACAAACAAUGUUUUUGUAUAUAGCUUUGUGUUAACAUGAAUCAGUUGUGAAUGGCAUAAAACAUUUCUUAAUAAA